AUGAGCCAGAAAGCUGGCAGUAAAGAAUACAAUGAAAUUGGCUCCUAUUUGAAAUAUGAUAAGUCAAAUUCACCUGUUAUAAGUCCAACAAUAUUAAAUAUAGAAGAAUACAAAAUACAGAAUAGGACGUCGCCCAAUGUUGAAGAUUCAAAUUCACAAAUUCCGGCGACCCCAAAUGAUCUUAAUUUGAACAAUAUAUCUAGAGAAUUCGUAGCUCCUUUAUUACCUUUGAAAAAAGCAAAGAUAAACAAUGUUGAUAUAUCGGUGCAAGAGUCAGAUGAUAAAAGAGCUUCGCAAGCAUCAUCUGGAGGCUCAUGGCCAUCCUGGACUUAUGUAUAUUAUUCUCCUCCAUCAGAUAGUAAUAGAGAUAAUCUUCUACAAGAUAGAACAGAUGAUUCAGACAUAAUAAUACCGGAUCCUUUAACCUCCGCAGCUGCUGGUGUUGGGUCACCUGAUGACAAUAAUAACAGUAGUAGGAAAAGCAAUUCUCAAAAAUCUCCAUGGAGUCGUAGUAAAACUUCUUUUCCUUCAAUUAAAAGACUUUCUACAACAAGUUUUUAUACGUUACCACAAAGGGCAUUAUAUUACGUACAAGAACCAUUUAUUGUAUGUCCCUUUGGUUCAGUUUUAUUUACGAUGGGAUUUUUAUUUGCACCACUUUGGUGGUUUGGAUCCAUUUUUCCUCGACACCCAAAAACUACCGCGGAUUUUCAAUGGAAAAGAUAUAAUCAAUUAAUGUCAAUUUUUUCUUUUUUCCUGAUAGCUGGUAUAUUGGGUAUAAUAAUUUGGUAUUUAAGAUAUUAUAAAGAAUCUAAUUGGUAUAACAAUAUUUGA